CUCACACAAACACACACGUCUGCGCGAGGAGGAGGGGCACAUGAAGAUGCCAUCCGCGCGAGAAUUUUCAGCCCCGAUGCUGGCAAUCGUAGGAUGCACCCGAGUUGCAUAAAUCAACCCCGCGCGGCGCAAUCCGUAGUCGAAAGAAUCUGUCCCAGCUCUCUCUCCCUCGCUUCCCUUCCUAUUCUCUCGCUCUCUUCGCUGGAGGCGCUGCACAUACGAGGCGAAACUCCCGUUGCUAGCUUUCCUGCCGGAUCCCAUUCGUUAAGGAUAUAAUCGUGAAGAAGCAGUUGCUAGUCGGUGUUCUACUGUAGAAUUCCACUGGUCUAACCAAUUCGUACAUGCUGUUCUUAGUCUGUACAAUUCUUGUAAAAAGAACAUUUUUAUAUUUACCGGAAGACAGGCCUCUCAUAUUGAAUUGAGUCCACAAAAAUCCUUCAACCUAUAGAAAACACUCCAUAGGAGGCCGGGCACUGGUAGCUGGUCGAGCUGAAGGCAUAAGAGGUUGCGUCGGCGAUCUGUUACUGCACCGAGGGACAUCAAAGAAAACGUUCAUGGCGAUCCAGAAAGAGAAGCACACUCUGCCUCUUAAGUCGCUGAAUCACGUCUCUCGUGUAUGUCGUAACGUGCACGCCACCACGCAUUUUUACGAGAAGGUUUUAGGCUUCAUCCCCAUCGUCCGGCCGGGAGCCCUGAAAUUCGACGGUGCAUGGCUUCAUAACUACGGGAUUAGCGUUCAUUUGCUUCAAGCCGAAAACCAGGAACUGGCCACACUUCCCCCGGUGGAGAAAGAAAUAAACAGCCGAGAUGAUCACCUCUCUUUCCAGAGUGACUCUAUACUUGGGGUAGAGCAAGCAUUGCAAGAUCACGGCAUCAAAUACACGCGCACGACCAUUGAUGAGAACGGCGUGCAGAUUGAGCAGGUCUUCUUCCAUGAUCCUGAUGGUUUCAUGAUCGAGAUCUGCACCUGUGAGAAGUUCCCAGUGCAGCCUCUGAUCCCUACCUCUGCGAGUAUAUGCAACCUCGCCCCUGCAUUAUCAGCUCGCUAGAGGUGGUGAACUUAAUACACCCUGCUUUCCGCCACCCACCAAGAGAUCAUUAGAUCAUUAAUCACCGCGUGACGUUAUGUCAUUGCCGAGAUUUUCAAUUUUAACCCGGCUGCUGUUCUUUCCUUAAAAAUUAGAGCAGCUACACAUGGGUAUCGCCUUUGGAUCAUCAAGUCUCUAGUGGGGAAUAAAACUUUAUUCGGUCCGUCAUAUCUAGGGUUUAGAUCAAGGUGUAGCAUCAAUUGUAAGGAACGGUUUGGUAAUCACUACCUGUAAAAUAAAUAUGUUGGUAUCUAGUGUUGCAAGUAAAAAGCGUACGCGGAGUGUAGAAGCACCAGCAUGUGUUAAGAUUUUGAGUUUAGUUGGUACAUUCCUUGCAAUCUCGGUUGAAGUUUUGUCAGAAAGUCGGGAUUGUUUAAGAGAUGCGACUUGCCAACCUGCUAAGUGAAGACGCGGCUUUUUGGCUCUGCAUACCUAGGUUCUUACACGUGUAUUUUUCAUAUAUGUUUGAUGUGAUUUGUUUAUACUACGAAGACAUAGGAUAUUUUAUGUAUAUUACAUACAUGUAUUGCAUAUUUUCCAUACAUAUAUAUUUCUUUCAAGCAGACA